GGAGUUGCAGAGGGCUGAGUUGCUGGUCUGUCUGGUGGCUGGUUGAUGGGUGUCCGUCGCAAUGUGCGUUGUGCGUGUCUGCAGUGGCUGGUUGCCGGUGUGUGUGUGGGUGAAAUGAGUGGCUGCCGAAUUCGUUCAGACCACAUGUGGUUGAUUGACCGUCUGUCUGUUGACGAUUGCCCGAGAUCUGUGUGUGUGUGACGACUCACAGCCCCAGUGCAGAGUUUUACGCACCCUAGCUUACCCCCUCAAAUGCUUCAGCUUGGCCCCUACAUCAGAGCUCUCCAGCCGUGCGGCAUGUCGCUGUUCAAGACCCGCAGCUUCGCUGACGGGCAUCAGGUGGUGGUGUGGGGCAACAGCCGGGGAGGCACGGCCUUCGACGACCGGGCGGAGCUCGUGCGGCGGUUUCCAGCGCGAGAGGCCGAUGAGUACCGGAUGUGCGCUAUCGAAUGCAUCCUCGAGGGACGGGCGCUUGCACAGGUGCGGAAAAUGGCAUCAUAUGCCAUUGCCUGCGCAGAGAGAGAGAUGGGUGUCGAGAGAUGUGUUGGUCUUUCAGGUGUCCGCGACGUACAUCUCGAUGGUGGACGGUCAGGACGUCACAAUCACACACGUAACUGCCCGCCACCGAGUGGGCUGGUCUGGUCUGGCUCUUCCUCAUCCCUCUGUCUGUCUGCCUGACUGCCUGUGGCGUGGCGUCACGCAGGGCAUCCACACUGCGGCAUCUCAGCUCAGGUGCGAGCCGCCCCUCACCUUCGCCUUCGGCCUCAACGAAUGGAUCACCGAGGCCGUCUGCGAACCACACGGCUACGCCAACUGCGUCAACCGAGUCGCCAUCGGCACCAACAAGAGCCGUGUCGGCAACCAAGGCCAGCAGCGGCGCAUGACGUUCCGCUGCCGACAUGGCAACGACAACCACCGGCUGUAUGGCGAGUGGCAGCCGCAUCCGCAUGGCCCGAUGUUUGAGUGUGAGGUCACUGCCGGUGGGCUGGACGGAGUGGUGCCGUGGUUCCUCGUCGGGCGGGCUGGGCAGCUCAUAGAGUGAGUCACUGAGUGAUGGACUAUCGGUUGGGUAUGGUAUGACAUUCAUUGGUUGGUUGUGUGUUGGCUUGUGUGAUGUGCAAGCAGUCAGUUGGGGUUCUACUGCGACAAAAAGCCGAUAGGUGCCGCGGGGGGGGGAGGGGAUGGGAGGCGAGGCAUGGCGAGAACAGCAUGACGCCCGUCUGCACAUCUCUCUCACUCUCUCUCUCUGUGUGUGUUUGUGGUCGUUCAGAGCGCUUGACCAAGAUGUUCACGCCAGCGGACUUCGCGCGGCUCCCCCAGCGUGUGCAGCGACAGGUGCGCCUCCUCUGACUGACAGACAGAUGCCUACCUAAUGCAUCUGUCAUCGCAUGUCAAGUAUCUCCGACUCCUCACCUGUGAAUGUCUGUGUAUGCUGUGUGCAGGUCGUGUCGUUGUACUCCAUCUGCCUCCCGGCCAACGGCUCCAAGCACGACUUCCCCUCCUUCGCGCUGCCGAUCGUGACGGGGUACGCCUUCCCACACCUCACGGCGCCCCACGAGCCGCCCGAGCCGGUCAUCCCACCCGCACGCAACCCCAACACACCGCCCCCACCGGCAGCGGCAGCGGGUCUCGGCAACUAUCCCCCCUUUUUUUAUGACGAGGGGGAAGACGAUGACGACGAGGAGGAGGAGGAGGAGGAGGAGGAGGACGACUGGGAGGACGACAUGGACAUCGAAUAGUGGAUGGUGGAGGGAAGGUGGGGGUGUGAAGGUCGGUCGUUGUAGGUCCCUUGAUUGGAUUCGUUGGGGGGGUCGGUGGGCGGCGAUGAAGGGGUGAAUUAGGUGGUUGGCUGGCUGGCUGGUUGGUUGGUUGCUUCUUGCUGGUCGUUUGUGUGUGGAUCGGUUGCGAGCAGGCGUCUGAGGUGGAGGUGGGAUGGAUGGAUGGAUUGGGUGGCUGUGGGCUGUGCAUAAGGGGGUAUGACGCGUGGAUGGAUGGAUGGAUAGAUAGGCGUGCCUGACACUCGCAUGCAGACGUGCGCGUGCAUGCCAUGCAAUCAACAACAGUGCAAUGC